CAGAAUACAUGAUCGCGUUUUAAAGUCCGAUCAUACGCUUACUUAGUAUCCCGGCGGAUUGUAUCGAUAGAAAAAAAUGCAUAUCUAAACACGUCCUCGCAAAGUAGUUUAUUUUUCUAUUCAAAGUGAACGAACGGAUACUUGGCGCAAUUGGUUCCAAGAGCAACAAGAAGUAUCGGGCAAAGAACGACGAGACAAAGAUUGCUACCUAAAUCAACUGAGGCUUCUAUUUUUGUUCCGAGAGAAGGAAGUCUUGGGCUGACUUCAUCACGUCGAGCGCAGUCGUCUCUUCAGUUCGUCGCGUCGGAUAUGCUCGCGAAUGACCGAGAUCAUGACAAGAUCGCCACGAUCGCCACAACCGGUGAGACCCGAAGCCCUUCUUGCGUAACAACCGCGUAGUGUUAACCUAAUAUACUCCGAAGUCAAAGUAAUUCUACAUAGUGAGUUAACGCAGUGGUGCACAUACAGGAGCAAAUGAGAAAUCGUCCUACGAGUUCCUAUCCAGAUUACCGAACAAUGAGUUACGUUCACGCUGACAAUUCUAUAGCAGCACGUAGUUAUUUUCAAAGAAACUCCGACUGACUGUGUUUUGCUUGUGUCCUCGUCUUAUCUGUAAUUAGAUGGUACCUUCUGCACACACUGCUAAUGAACCCGCCGAUUUCGAUAGAGCCAUAUCCACGACCGGCUAUGGAUUGUUUAAUGUGCUGCUGCUACUGGCGGUACUGCCAAUCGCAUGGACCGCCGUUUUUGACACCACUUCCACCGCGUUUAUCUUGGCAUCGGCCGAAUGCGAUCUUGAACUCAUUACAUUCUUUCGCAAAGGCGUUCUCGUAGCAUUCCCCUACAUAGCUAUGACAAUGACUGCUUUUAUAUGGGACUACAUAACACCCUAUAUAAGUAAGAAAACGCUGUUCAUCUUCGCAUUAAUAGGCGAUUCGAUUCUGAACAUUGUGAGCAGUGGUGUACAGUCGUAUUACAUAUUUCUACUAAUAAAAUUCAUCAGUGGGAUUCUCGUAGGCGGCCCGCUGGCGAUGGUGAUGACGUACCUGACGGAAUUCCAUUCGGCGAGGUAUAAGCGCCGCUUCACCAUAUGGGCGGGAUUUCUCUUCGCCCUAGCGAACAUCGUGCCAGCAGCUCUGGGCUUUUCGAUACUACCGUUGGACUGGCACAUCGACAUCCUUGGCCAAGACUACGAUGCUUGGCGCAUAUACCUACUGAUCUGCUCGAUACCACCCGUCCUCGGCCUCAUCACGGCAACCAUGUUGCCGGAAAGCCCUAAGUAUCUCAUGGCAAUUGGCAGGUCAGAUGCCGCCUUGAAAUUGCUUAGGAGAAUGUAUUGUAUGAACACUAGACAAUCCGCAGAUACGUUCCCGAUAAAAGCGCUGUUCGUUCAGCAAAAGACGCAAUUGGCGCGUCCCGUGCUCGAGGCGAGCCUCGAGAGGAUGCGCAUCUCGUUGUACAACACGAAGCUACUACUGACGACGGCGGCUUACCUGCCCGCCUUUUGCUUCGUAAAUUUCCUCCAAUUUGGAAGUAUGCUCGGAUUCAACACGAUGAGACUGUGGGUGCCGCAUCUCUUUAUUAUUCUCAACAACUUUGACGAGGAGAACUGGACGCCGAGGGACAGGCAGCCGACCUUCUGCGAAAUGCUGGACCGUCAAAUGACUUUACCGGGCAGACGAUAUUUGAAUUGCUCCAACUUCGACGACGCGUGUCUCAAGUGGACGAUCAAUCCCGUGAUUUAUCAAAAUUCCACCAUCAUCGCAUCGUCGGCCGUUGUAUUCUCAUUUCUCGUCGGAUUCAUAAUGACUACCAAGCUUCGAAAGCAAAUCAUAAUACUCAUGGCCCUCCUGAUAUCGGUGGCAAGCAGUUUCGGAAUAAAUUGGGCGCAGUCUCCGCCGUAUAUGCUGACGCUGGCGUCGGCGGUUAUCGUGACGACAAGAAUAGCGGGUAAUAUCGUUACCGCGGUGAAUGUCGACGUUAUUCCCGUCCCAUUAAGAGCCACGAGCAUUGACAUCCUCGUCACCACUGGUAACAUUGGCGCUGUCAUAGGAAAUCUGAUUUUCUCCGCGCUUCUGGACAACGAAUGCAUUAGCGCUUUCAUGGGAUUUGGCUGUUUUUUCUUCGUUUGCUUCUGCGUGUCUCUACUUUUCCCGCAACCCACGAAAGAAUCGCCGGCGAAACUUGCCGAGAUUAACACAUUAAAAUCGUGAAGAAAGCAACACACAAACACUUCAAAAUUAUAUUCACAGAGUUGUAAAGAUUCAAUUAAAUGUGUAGUUGCUUGAAAAACUCGUGGCUGUUAGGCUGUGAUAUUUAUCUAGGACAAUUUAUCGGAAAGAGAAUUUAUAGGAAAGAAAUAAAAAUUAUAAUAAGAAAAAUUCAAA